AUGGAUCAGUUUACCAAUCUACAGGAUUUCGAGCAAUACUAUUUAAACGAGAUCCCAACUCAGUGCAAAAAAACCCUACAUUUGAAUAACUUUAAUAUCUUAAGUCUAAAGACACAUUUUUUAUUUUUACAGAAUCGAUCUACGACUCAGAGUGGAGGUGGACAGCAAACUGACCAAACCAGCUCCUAUCAAUGUUCAAAAUGCCAGAAAACGUUCACGAAUAAAAAGACUUUCAAGCGCCACCAGCGGGAACACGACAAGGAGAAAAGCCACAAGUGUCCACACUGCCUUAAAGGUUUCAAGAGAAAUUCAGACCUAUCAAAACAUCUGAAAACCGUCCACUCGAAGCACAACACGAAAAAAGAAUUCAAAUGUGGGAAGUGUAAUAAAACCUUCUCGGAGAAAAAUACCUUCAAUGCACACGUAAAAGAACACUCCAAUCAAAAAAAGAAGAGAAAGCUGACAAGCGAUGAUUCCACAGGUCCCCAACGCAAGAAAACAAGAACGGCAAGCGAACCUAAUCGGCCCAGAACGUUUCCUGUGGCUGAAGAUCCUGUGAAAAUAUCCGAUCUUUUACCAGACCAACAACCUACCAACACCGAAUACCAUCGACACUGGAAAAGAAUAAGAACGCGAUUGGCCAACUGGUAUAACUAUCGCCUUCCUUCACUUAACCCAGACCAUCUUAUCAGUUAUUUCCACCAAGUUUUCAGAGAUCAGUCCACCGUCUUCAAGCUCAACAUAUCCUUUGGAUAUAUACUACGAAACACUGUUACCGAUGAAGUACAAUAUCACUAUGCAUCCAGAAACAAUAAUAAUGUAUUUGAAACACCUUUCCAAGUGGUCAACGAAAGCGACCUACAGCCGAUUGAAAACGAAUUACGAAAUCUAGAUAUCUUAGAAUGGGCUCGUCAAUAACGACCAUCAUCCAAGUGGACAGUUGAUAGUAUCGCUAACAUCACUUUUUUCAUUACAAACAUCCCUCGUCAUCCCAUUGGCCGUGUUAAAUGCCUUCCACAUUAUAUCGUCGAAAACCGCGGUAUCGUGCCUCUAGACUGUGAGAAAAAGACUGGUCAUCCCUAUUCAGACAACCUAUGCUUCUUCCGUGCACUUUCACUUCACAAUGGGUGCCAUCCAAGAAAUUUGGAAAGAGAAACAAAAUGGUAUUAUCCAAGGUAUCAACAAACCUAUCCAGACGAUGAGUUCAACGGUGUGACACUGGAAAGCCUGCCUGAUCUCGAAACCCUUUUUCAAGUUAAUAUUAAUGUUUAUUCCCUGGUAAAGUCCACCUCUCAUGAUGAUGACGAAAACGACGAAAAUGAACAAAAAGAGGUCACCGCACAACUCAUUCAAAGAUCACAUCGAAAGCAUCCCUCCACGCUCUAUCUCAAUCUCCACGGGAAUCACUUUUCAUAUAUAAAAAAUAUGAAAGUUUAUUCCAAAUCGUACUUAUGCUCCCGAUGUGGCAAG